AUGGCGACAAGAGGAGCGACCACAGCCUCCCUGUCAUCGACGGAUGAAUCUCGCUAUCGGAAGGAGGUCCUCCGACUCGACGACGAUGCCGAAACAGCAGAAGACACAAUAGAAGCACAACUCGUCGCCGAAGCCUCCGAACUCGGGUUGAAAAUACCCGAUAUUCAAAUCGCAGCUUCCUUAGCAGCGACCAUCAACGCGGGAAUUUUGGAUUUUACUAUACCCGCUGCACCAUCGUCAUCAUCUUCCUCCACGGCUGGAUUGAGACAGCAUAAUCGUCCAUCGUUUACGCAUCCCCGCUCAUUUGCAGAUCUUGUAAGAUCGAGUGUUGCAUCGGUUGAUCACCUCGCUAGUUCGUUAUCGGAAACGACUGUAUCCGAUCGCGAUCAUUCGGGGAGUAUACCAUCUAUCGACUCGUUUUCGACUCGGCCGACGUCGAUUAGUUCUUGCGAUGUUAGAAUUAUUCCGCCGCAAGCUGCCGCGCCACCGCAUGAGCGCUCGUCGUGGGUACAAUCGCCGCAACACAUAUAUUCGCCGAACUCGACAAGCGCAAGCGCCAGUGCAUUGAGGCUCGCUGAGCGGAAACGAUCGAGUUUUAUCAGCGCGAUUGGUCGGCCGUUUCGGAAACGACGCMCCCCGUCCGCCGUUAAUUUACCACCAAACGCGCAUAUAAGUUUGAAGAAGAACGAGAGUGGAGGGGCAAAUACAGUCAUUGUGGAAACAACGCCUGCGAGAACGACUGAAAGUGAGCGUUCCGAAGAUGCGCAAGCGCAAGGUACUUUGCAAGUUGAGGUGCCCGUGUUUGACGAGGCUGCUAUAAACCGGACUAUGGAAGAUGCGCAAUUAAAGGAGUUAUUUGAGCGACAUCAAGCCGAGAGGUCUCGAUUUUUACAAUUGCAGAAUGAGUUAUUGGAUUCGUUAAAAUCAGCCCAUUUAGCUCUUGUCGCAGAGAAACGAGAAAAUAACAGCAAGGCCGAAAAGGCGAAGAAGGAUUGGAACACUGAUUUCCUUGCACAAAUGGAAGAACGACAACUCUCAGUGGAAAUUGACCAAAUCAAAGAAUUUGAGAAAACAAAACGAAACUCACAGACCCGAAUCAAAUACAUGGAAGGAUACGUCAGCACCUCCAGUCCUCCGCCAUCACCUCAACUCUCGGGCUCUGAAUUCGAGCUCGCCUCCAAUAGCGCUCAACAGCAACAACAGCUUAGGACAGUCACCCGCCGCCAGAAAGAGCAACUAGCUCAAGAAUACCUGGACCGGAAUUCCAUGGAUCGGCUACACGAAGCACGCAUCAAGGUCCUCCGGGAAAGACAAGAGCAGCAAUUACAGGAAACAACAUCUCGCCUCGACAGAGAACUGGAGAAUAUUAUCCGCAGAAACGCAGAAGCCAUCGUCGAGCUGGAGCGUGACCAUCAACGCGCGGAACAGGAAAUUUUACAGAUCUUCGACGCCAAGAAGAACAGGCUUAGACGAAGAUGGAAUAUCGAAGAGGCGAUACUACGGAAAAAGCUGGAGGAUCAGAGCGGAUUACCGUAUGGACCGUUACCUAUCGUUUCUUUCAGUACACCGGACGAGGAUGGUGAUGAUCGUAACGGUGUUCAUCGAGGGAACGGCCGUGAGUUUAUGGAUUUUGAGAUACCCAUUUUGAAGAAUCCGUUUGCAUAUACCACGAAAGAAUCAUGA